CAUAUGUAUCUCAGUAUUAUUUUGUGUCUUUCAGAAUGGACACCUUCCCGAAGUGUUCCGUCUGUCAUAAUGAGUUUACACUGAAAGGUCCAGUCCCCUUCUUACUGCCCUGUCUACACGCCGUGUGUGAGAAGUGUGUGACAUCUGCGGCUGGCGGUGUGAUAUCAUGCUCUACAUGUCAGAGGGAGGUCAACCUCACAGACACAAGUCUCCAGAAAAAUGCAGUCAGACAGAAGGAAAUAUUCCACCUGACAGUCAAACAUCGCCCCACAGAGCUCCUCUGUACACAUGAAGAUGACGGGAACCAGGCUGUGUGUUGGUGUCAGGGGUGUGAAGAGUUCCUCUGUGAAUACUGCCAGAACAUGCACAGCAGCUUCAAACUUUCAAGAAAUCAUGCUGUGCACAACUUUGGGGAUAUAACCCCGCAAAACCUUGAAAAUGGAACCCAUUGCAGCAUUCACGAACGGUAUCCACUUGAUUUGUUUGACAAAAGCUGCAACAUGUGUAUCUGUUCCCAAUGUAGGAGAGGAAAGCACGCUGAUCACGAGGUUGGUUACCUGGAUGAAGCUGCUGAAGAAGUUACACAGCGGAUUGAACAACACGGGAAAGAUCUGUCGGCGUUACUGUCUCGUCAGCAAACACACCUUCAGAGUAUCAGACAAGAUACACAGUUGGCCAACAGGACACAGGACACAUUGAGGAAGACAAUAGAACAUACCUUCCGGUCUUUGAGAUCACAACUUGACCAGAGGGAGAAGGAACUCCUGAUUGAUCUUGAAUGCCAGACGAGGGACACCAAGGCAACUCUACAUGCUCUUGAAGCCUCAUGUGAAGAGCAUCAUGCAAGAUGCACCGACAUUUCAGGUUACAUACAAAAAUGUCUUCUCUAUGCUUCAACAUCGGUCCUGCUGCAGCUGGAGACCACUGUUGAGGGGAUGACUCGGACCUGCCUAGAAACUCCUUCACCUGAAACACAUGAUGUACCUGAAGCUGUCUUCAACACCAAUGGCUUGUCCAAACUGAAAUCAGAUAUGUCUGGAUUUGGUAACAUCACUACCUUGACAGAAGAUUCAGAAGAGGUCACACCUGAGGAUAAGCAAACACAAACUAAUGAUGACUAUUUGGUGGACCUGGAACAGAAACACAAAAUGGAGCUUGCAAAGCUGAAGUCAAAUAUUGCUUCAGACAAUGAAAGAACUGAACAACUUCAGCAGCUAACAGACAAGUUGAAUGCCGAAGCAAACAACAUGAAAUUGAUGCUAGCUGAGAAAGAUAUAACCUGCCAGGUCGCCUCAGAAACCAUUCAUCAUCUGCAAACAUUCCUGAUUGGUAUGUACACUGUCUGUGGUCUGUUCUUGCAUGAUAAAGCGGAUCGUGCCUUGCCCGAAAAAGGGGUGGCCCCACAUUGGCUGGUCAUCGAUGAUUUGCUGGGGGACAAUACGAAAGAAGAAGAAACCGAAGUGCUGCGAUGGUUCACCAAGAAAAGUCAUCACCGGAACACAUCUGUGCUGUAUCUCACUCAGAACUUGUUUGCUCAAUCGCCGCAACAUCGCACCAUCAGUCUGAAUGCUCACUACAUGGUCCUCUUUAAAAAUCCGAGAGAUGCAUUGCAGAUCGACAGUCUGGCUCGCCAGGUGUUUCCAGGCAAAGUUCCUUUUCUGCGUGAAGCCUAUGAAGACGCUACCCGAGAGCCUUACACUUACCUGUUCUUGGACUUGAAGCCCACAACGUUGCAAGACCAUCGCGUACGCGCCUGCCUGUUUUCGAGAUCCGAAUUACCCCUCGUGUAUGUGCCGAUCCUAUGA